AUGCCCAGGUACGCCCGUCCAGCCCCGGCCCCUCCCUGCCGCCCCCGGGGCUGCGGGAGCAGCAGGGGAGUGCCUGCCGGCGGUGGCUGUCCGGCGGAGGCCGGCGGGCACCGCGGAGACGUGCGGCUGCGGAGAGAAAGGAGUUUCUGCCGGCUGUCCCCGCAGGGACCCGCCGCCGCCGGGGGUGUCCCUCACAGCCUGGCGUCGGUGGCGGGCUGCGCCACGGUCCUGCCCGGGCGUUCUUGGCAGCCCCCGGGGCAAGAGGCCUGUCAAGCUUCGGGGAGGUCGGCAGCGGCAUUUCCAGAGCAGUCACGUCCCGUUGGCUCUCCUGCUUCCUUCCCUAGGCUGGGAGAAAGGAGGACGUCCUCGAAAGCAGGUAAAGAAGUAAACAAGGGCAGUGACGAGCUUGUCAAGAGAAGAAAAGAAGUGUCAGAAAGUGCUGCAGUGGAAGAAACGGUGAAGAGGAGAAGAGUGGAAGUCGGAGCGGAGGCCUCAUGCCCACAGUCGGGUAUGGGCAGAACUGGAGCCAAGUGUGUUCGCCAUACAAGUAAAGCAAAGCAGGGAUUUGAAACAGGGCACCUGUGGGAUCUAACCUUGAACAAAGAACAGGAACUGGUCAGGCUGAGGGUGCGGUGCAGGUACUGA